AAGUUUGUUUAAUAUUAAAUACAUAAAAUUAAUUUAAAUUUUACACGAUAUAUUCAACAACUUGAAUAAACUAAAAAUAAACAAGAUAAAUUAAAUAUUAUGAGUUUGGUACUGGAAAAAAAAUAUUUAUAUUAAUAAUAAUUUCAUGAAUAAUUAUAUAAUUAUAUAUAUAUAAAUUAAUAUGCGAAAAAAAGUUUUAUUUUAUAUCUCAAAAUUAUAAAUCAACCUUAAUUUCUUUAAAUUUUAAAAAUAAAUCAUAUGAUUCCAUUUUUUGUAACUGAUUUGUUAAAUGAUGUCUAAUUGGAAUAUUUAUAAAUUUUCAAAACAUUUUUUUUAAUACUUUAAUUACAUUUUUGAAUAUAAUUUUUAUAAUGAAUAAUUUUAAUCUUUUUAUCUUUUAAUAAAUAAUAAUAUUGCAAAUUUUCCUUAAAUUAUACCAUGAAUGUGUAUAUGAAAUAUGUACAUUUAAUGGCUUAUAAAUAAAAAGUUAAAAAACGAAAAAUUUUUAAAAAUAUAUAAAUAUAUUCAUAUACACUUCUAUUAUUAAAUUAUUAAGAAUUAAUGCAGUUCCAAUUUUGAAUUUAUAUCAUUGAAAUUUUGAAAUUACAUCAUAAUGACUUUACAAAGGUGCAAAAUAUAUAAAUAUUAUAAGCAUUAUUAUCAGAAAAUAUUAUUUAAUAGAACAUUUUCUGUAGACAUACAAAGUGAGACAAAUAAUAAAAUAACACUAUUAGGCCAGAAAUAUUUAACAGAUAAUUGGACAAAUAUUAAUGAAAAUAUAAUAUCCAAAUUAGGAAGAAAUUUACAUAUUUCUAAAUAUCAUCCUUUAUCUUAUAUUCGUCAACAUAUUAUUAAUUACUUUUAUAUACAUUUUCAUAAUCGUAUUGGAAAUCCCAUAUUCAGUGUAUAUGAUAAUAUAUCUCCUGUAGUUACAGUAACUCAAAAUUUUGAUUCUCUUCUUGUAUCAAAAGAUCAUCCAUCUAGAAAACAAUCUGAAUGCUAUUAUAUAAAUCAGGAUACUUUGUUACGAGCUCAUACAACAGCUCAUCAAACAGAAUUUAUUUCAAUGGGUUUGAAUAAUUUUCUUAUAAUAGGAGAUGUUUAUCGAAAAGAUGAAAUAGAUUCUACACAUUAUCCUGUUUUUCAUCAAGCAGAUGCUGUUAGAUUAUGCACAGCAGAAGAAGUAUUUCAUAAUGUAAAUGAUUCUGAAGGAUUAAAAUUAUUUGAACAUAGAGGUAUAGAAAAUAAUGAGAAGCAAGCUUGUCAUACUUUUGAAUCUAUUAAAAUAAUGGAAUAUGAGUUAAAAAAUACUUUAACAGGUUUAGCAAAAUCACUUUUUGGAUCAGAAAUUCAAUGUAAAUGGGUUGAACAAUAUUUUCCUUUUACUCAUCCUUCAUGGGAAUUAGAAAUUUAUUAUAAAGAUCAAUGGCUUGAAAUAUUAGGAUGUGGUAUUAUGCGUCAGGAGAUUUUACAGAAAUCAGGUGCAGGAGAACGUAUUGGAUGGGCAUUUGGAUUGGGUUUAGAAAGAUUAGCUAUGUGCCUAUAUGAUAUUCCAGAUAUUAGAUUAUUUUGGAGUCAAGAUAGUGGAUUUUUAAAUCAAUUUAAAGUUGAAGAUCCUAAUAUGACAAUAAAAUUCAAGCCAAUUAGUAUUUACCCUCAAUGUAAGAAUGAUAUAAGUUUUUGGUUACCUGAAAAUAAAAGUUAUUCAUCGAAAAAUUUUUAUGAUUUAGUGAGAAAUAUUGGUGGUGAUAAGAUAGAACAAGUUAUAUUAAAAGAUGAAUUCUAUCAUCCUAAAAUUAAAAAAUUAUCACAUUGUUAUACCAUAAUAUAUAGAGAUAUGCAACGUACAUUAUUAAAAAGAGAAGUAAAUAUUAUUCACAAACAAAUAUGUAAAGAUGCAGCUGAAAAAUUACAUGUUAUAAUUAGAAAAUAAGAAAUAUAAGCAAAAAGAGAUGAAUUAUUUGGGUAUUGUUUAUUAUUUUUUUUUAAUGUUUUAAUUGUAUAUAUUGGAAAAAAAGUAAAAUAAUGAAUAAAUUCAAAAAAAUUCAAAU